UCGAGUUUCGAUUAAAAUGAAUCGGUACUAGUACUCUAGCAAUGCUGCGAUAGUACAUAUAUCCCGUACAACUGAGAGAAAAACACUCAUGGAGUGCAUCUCUUCGUAUUUCACAUGAAAAGAAGAAAAAGUGCUAAAAUGUCUGAUGCUUCUGCAAAUAUAUAUAAAUCAAAACAAAAGCACUCGCGAUGUGCAUUGGAUUUCGGCCUCCUUCCCUCUUCAACGUAGCAAUGUUGAUACAGCUAGAUUCUGUUAUGGGUGAAUUCAAGGAAAUACCAGACCCCGAUCUUCUGUUUUCAUCAGAAGAUGAGAAGACGUUCAGUUUGGAGUCGGACCUACCCUCCCUGCCAGUGCCGGAUCUCCAUCAUACAUUACAGAGAUACCUGGACUCAGUGAAACCACAUGUCUCGGAUGAAGAAUAUCGACAAACAGAAUUCAUUGUCCAACAGUUUGCUUCCGGAGUAGGAAAGAAGCUUCAUGAAAAACUACUGGAGAAGGCUAGGAAUGAGAGAAACUGGUUAGAGAGAUGGUGGGAAGAGAAGGGAUACUUGGAAUUGGGAAUCCCCUUGGCCCCUUUUAUGAAUUUGGUGGGUAUUGGCCCCUAUAGUAAACACUACUGGAUGCCAAAGAGUGGGUCACAGCUGGAAAGGGCCGGGAUUGUGCUGCACUAUUCUACCAGAUUUUGGCAGCUCAUACGAAGAGAGAAACUGAAAGUGGAAGUAGACAAUCUUGGCAGAAAACUUUGUAUGAACCAGAUGAGAAAAGCUUACUCCACAUGCCGAGUGCCAGGUGUCUUCAGAGAUCAACUUAUCGCCCACUUCAAAACAGAAUCUGAGGGUCCGACACCAGUACAUGCUGUUGUAUUAUAUAAGGGACGGUUCUUCUCUAUGGACAUGGUGGACGAAAACGAGGAACCUCUGAGAGCCCCGGAGAUUCAGCACCAGCUGACACGGAUAAAGGACCAGUGUGAUACAGAGCCCCAGGGGCCAGGGCUCGGGGCCCUCACAGGCGAAACCAGAAAGAAAUGGGCAGAGAUGAGAAGUAGAUUGUGUGCUUUGCAUCCUGAAAACUUCCACAAUCUAAAGACAAUAGAGACCAGUUUGUAUGUCGUUUGUUUGGACGACUAUGAACCAAAAGAUUAUUCAGAGAUGUUUACUUAUUCCGGAGGAGGCAGAAAUGCUAGGGACCGUUGGUUUGACAAAGGCGUCAGCCACAUAUUCUACAAAAAUGGACUUUUUGCAUGCAACUGUGAUCAUGGUCCUUUUGAUGGAAUGGUAAUGGUCUCUGGCACCUACUACAUCGAUCUCAAUGUUCAAAGGUCAAAGGGUAAAUGGCAAGGUUCCAUGGAAGUGAGAGACCUCCCUAAACCAAAAGAAUUAAAGUUUCAUGUGGAUAGUGUGAUAUUGGAGGCAAUCUUAGCAGCUGAAAAAUUCUUUUUAGCUAAUGCCAGUAAUCUAUCAUGUACCUCCUUUGUGUAUGCAAAAUAUGGCAGGAAAAAAUUACGAAAAUACAAACUUCAUCCAGAUACACAUAUACAGCUAGCCCUGCAGUAUGCUUACUAUAAAACGCACAACAAACCAGCCCCUGUGUAUGAAACGGCUACAACCAGAAGAUUUUACCAUGCCCGGACCGAGACUCUGAGGUCCUGUACAGUUGAGGCCGUAGAAUUCUGUAAAGCUAUGUGUGACCGCAGUGCAUCAGUUAGCGAUCAGAAAUUUGCAUACCUCAAGGCUGCAGGAAAACACAACAAACUGAUGACAGAAGCCAAGGAAUUAAAAGGGUGCGACAGACAUUUGCUUGGGCUGGCGGUAUUAGCUGAGGAACUUGGAAUGCCAAAGCCUCUUCUGUUCCAAGAUAAAUCAUUUACUAAAAGUGGAGGGGGUGGUAACUUCGAGUUGUCCACCAGCUUUGUGGGGUAUACCUCAGUGUUUGGGGGCGUGGCAGCGAUGACGAGUGACGGAUACGGCUGUUUCUAUCAUAUGGAACAAAACUAUAUUGAGAUGGUGGUGACAACAUGGAAGACCAGUAAAAUAGCCAGCUCAGAUAAGUUUGCUGAGGAAGUAAAGAGGUGUUUGGAUCACGUGGAGGAAGUGGUCCUGUCCGACACAUCAAUGGCUGCUAAACUGUGACAAGCAACUGAACAUAGCUGGUCGUCUAGGAAAUGUCCAGCAGAUGAAUAUAUAUAUUCACCAAUUACAUGAUUUUUACUUGAUAAAGAAGUAAUUAUGGUCCAAAUUUGACAUAACUUUGAAUAUUAAAGUGAUAGAGACUGAAUCCGGUGACAAUGAAGAUAUUUUGUUUUUAUUCCUAUAUAUGCACUCAAUGCAAUAUUCAUUAUAGAAAUUUAAUUGUGAUAUACUAUGUACAGUGUAUGUGGAUUUCAUUUUAUUCAUGUUUCACUUAAUUAUACGCACAUCUUUAGACGGGAGAUAUUAUGGUACAGCGACGUCUGUAUGUCCGUCCUUCCAUCUGCUUCUAUUUCUAUUUUCAUUUCUCUGUCAUAAAUCAAACUGAAACUUACUUGCUAUGUAGCUUCUUUGUGGGUCACUCUAGAUCAUGUUGCAGUUUUGAUUCAUUUCGACCUCUCUUGCAGGAGUUUUGCCCCUUUAUUUGAAAAUUAAUGUUAUAUGGAGGGUACAUAAUUUGUCUGCCUAACUCCUCCUACAAUUUUCAAGUGAGGACCGUUUUGUUUUACAGCAUGUUUGUAUGGGCAUUGAAGAUGUACAUGUGGCAAGGAUUUUGAUUUUCUUCAAUUUUUGAGAUAAUUACAGGUUGUUGAACUUAGUCCAUUUUGAGGAAAUAUUAUAUUAGAUAAAGGACAUUGUUUUUACUUAUAAUUUUUCUCACAGUUUUGAAGUUAAGGUGCUUGUAAUUAUCUUGAUGAUAUGUAUAGUGCAAAGAUUUUGAUUUGAUCUAAACAAUUUUUCUUUGAAGUUUAAAAUAUUUACAGAUAGUUGGGGAUAUGUUUUACACACAGAACUCGUGGUUUGUCUAUUUACCUCCUGUCACAGUUUUUAAGCUAGAUCUUUUAUUCAUAUGAUACAAAGAAAGUAUGUCACAGCCUGAGGAUGGCUGAUACUACCUGAAGCAAAGUUCUACAAAUUAUGGCUUAAGAAAAACACCCUGUAUAAGCAUUACUGGGGCGUAUUAUGCACCGUUUUCGAUACUCGUUUACAUUGUAAUGGCUAUAUACAUGUACAUGUAGUGGGUUUUUCAAUUGUAAUAUCAAUGCAACACUUUGAAUUUUAUUUUUGUUUUAUAUUAUAUAAUAUUUACAUUUCCCAUGAUUUUGUCUUUGAUAUUUUUACCAAUUGAAAUGGGAGUAAUUUUCUCAUGAAUGUUAACAACAUGUGUAUGAAUCUUCAUAUUAGAUAAUGACUGGGAAUAUUCCAAUAAAAAUGAAUAGAAAAUGUAA